AUGUUUCUCUCCUUUCCAUACUCUCUAUCUUUUGUGCUCAUACUACUCUCUUGUUUCAAUUUAUCAGAUGCCUUGCAUUACUACUCAACCCCUGGCCAAAAGAAGUGCUUCUUUGAAGAGCUACCUGCUGAUACUUUAGUAGUAACCAAAUUUGAUGCUGCAAUUUAUAACGACGAAACAAAGUCUUUUGAUCACCCUGACAACUUGGUUUUAGCUCUCACUGUCGAUGAAACUUUUGAUAACAAUCACAGAGUUGUCUCUCAAAAAUCAAAAUCUGAUUCCGAAUUUACCUUCACCUCUACAGAUUCUGGCGAGCACAAGUUUUGUUUGACUCCUCAAUACCCUAAAAAAGACCAAAGAAUUAGAAUCUUAUUAGAUAUGGCAAUCGGUUACUCUGCUGCUGUUGAUUCAAAGAAAACUGACGAUGUCAAUUGGUUAACUAGUAGAAUCCACGAUUUGAAUGGUAAAGUGGAAGAAAUUCAAAGAGAACAACAACUUAUAAGAGAAAGAGAAGCUCUCUUUAGAGAUCAAAGUGAAAGUACAAAUUCAAGAGUAGUCAAAUGGUCAAUCAUCCAAUUAGCUGUAUUGAUCAUUGUUGGUUAUUUUCAAUUAAAACACCUCAAAUCAUUUUUCGUAAAACAAAAAAUUGUUUAA